AUGAAAAAGAGCAAGAGGUUUCCAGCCCUUGUCAACCCGUUUGUUACACGAAAACCAGUUGAAGAGGAAUACACAAUAAAAAGAAGAUAUCUCUGCCGCUGUCUCUUGCAGAUCCACCCCAGCGGGAAGCUGCUCGUGCUCUCGGACGGCGAGGGGAAACACGCGACCGUGGAGCUGGGCGAGCCGCUAGAUGAAGAGAUCUCAGGAGUUAUUGAAGUAGUGGGAAGAGUAACAAAUCAGGCAACCAUCAUGUGUAUGUCCUAUGUCCAGUUCAGAGAAGACAAAAGUCCUUUUGAUCUGGAACUCUACAAUGAAGCGCUAAAGAUUAUUCAUGAAUUCCCUGAAUACUUCCCUUUUGGUGCUGUGAGGAACAAUUGAUGCUUCUUAGUGUUCAUUGGGAACUUCAGAAAGGACAGCUUGCUGUUAGAAAACUACAGCACUGAGGAGCUGCAGAGCUUUCCAAAUAAUAUACUGAAAAGAUGCUAUUAAAUAUGCCAUGUGUGGCCAGUGAAAAAUGUUUUCUUUGAAAAUUAGUUUAUUGAGCUAGAAGCAGAACACCGUGGCAAGUUUUUUUAGGCUUUUUUAUUAGCAAUUCUAGGAUGCUUAGGAGUUUCCUGCUAUCAAAGUCACUGAGGAUUUAAUGGAAAGGUAUUUUUAUAAACUUAAUAAUAACUUCUAUGUCUAGAUCUAAUAAAUACGUAUUUUGCAUUUUGGUGAUGGACAUUCGGCAAUUAAACAGUCCAAAGGUGUUUAACCAUUGGUAUGAGUAUUGUAUCUUGGAGUGCAAUUUUCAGUGCURUGUGGUGAUUCUGUUCAUUUCACCUCACCUAAGUUACUUAAUUCCAACAUACUGCAGCAUCCAGCCUACCUGCCCCUACCCUGCUGUUAGUGAUGUUGAUGUCAGAGGGGCUUGGUGGGUUCAACCACUGUUGCGUUCCCACCACAAGUGCUGGUCUUGGUGGCAGCUUAAGGGGAAGCAGGGAGGGUUCWGUAGUCACAUCACAACUCCAUUAAUCCUGUCGCCUUGCACAGAAYUCCCAGCUUUGUUACUCUCUAAGCUAGGUGCAGUACAUGGCACAAGUCUUAGAUCUUUUAAAGCAGCACCAUUGAAGUAAAAAUCUACUUUCUUAAGUGUUCUCUAGGGAGUUCAUAAUUUCAAAGCAUUUUAAAGAAACAGUGUUAGUAACCCAGGUUAAUUAGAACUCCAAAACAGUUUGUAUGAAAGUUAAUAUCUAUAGUGCCUUAGGGAGGCUAGGUUAGGGUUAGUUAGGAAGAGACACGUUGUAAGUGCUUGUUAUCUUCAGUGGGGGAGUCUUCCCCCCCCCCACCCCAAGACUCCUAUACUCAUCUACGAAAGUUACUCC